AUGUCGGCACCAUCUGCAACCUCCCGCAGCGGCGGUCGGCCAGCGAGCAACGGCGCCUCCGACACCAAGUCGUCCGUUACUGCACGAUUCCGCAUCGUCCUGCUGUGGAUCCUGCUCUCGGCAGCCAACUACGGCUUCGGCAUUUCCGAACUCAACGCACUCCAACCCAUCCUCACAUGUCAACGCCGCUCACCCUCUUCGCUCGUCUCUUCCGACUGCAUUCCGCUCACCGAAUCGCAGUUCGGGCUCGUCACAGCCCUAUUCACACUCGGCGGUCUCGCCUCAUCCUUUCUCAUCUCACCCGUAUCCAAAUCGUUUGGGUGGGGUCGAAAGACAUGUAUCACAGCCUCGGCCGCCUUUGGCAUCAUAGGAAGCCUCAUCCUCACCCUCUCCUCCAGCCUCUCCGGCCUCGGCACCGGUCGAUUCAUUCAAGGCGUCGGCUCGGGAAUCGGUGUAGUCAUUGUUCCGAUCUUCAUCAACGAGAUCUCUCCUACAGCCUUGAAGGGGAGCAUCGGGGUGUUGAAUCAGUUUUCGAUCGUGAUGGGCAUCUUUGUAGCUCAAGCGAUUGGGGCGAGUUGGUUGGGGAGCGAUGGGUGGUGGUGGCGAAGUGUACCCGGGGUGAGUGGAGUGUUGUCCGUCGUGCAGCUGGUGGGGUCGAUGACGAUCGGGUUGGAGUCACCGGGAUGGUUGGAGGGUGAAGGGAGGCAUGGCCCGGUGGUGGGGGAUGAGGCGGACGAAGUUAGAAAGGUCUUGUGGUCGGCAAAGGAAGUUCAGAGUUGGAAGGAGUCUCGGGGAUCCACCGGCAACACCGGUCGAAACGCAGACGAGGAGCGGCAAGGACUUCUGUCCGACGAUCAGGAUCACAACCCUGUCUCCGGGUCAGACCAAAAAGUCGGUCUGACCACCCUCUUAUCCGACCCGCAGCUUCGUCCAGGCACACUCCUCGUCAUCCUCACACAACUGGGUCAACAGCUAUCCGGCAUCAACGCCGUGCUGUACUACAGCGUAGGCAUCCUCGGAUCCAUCCUCCCCUCCCUAGCCGGUUCCAUCGGCAUCCUCAUUACGCUCAUCAACAUCAUCAUGACCUUCCCACCCAUCUACCUGAUCGACGAACAUCGUGUCGGUCGCAAGAAGCUCAUGAUCUUCUCCGCAUGCGUCAUGAGUAUCACCUCCGCCCUGUUGGGAGCGGGCAUCAUUUACGGCUACAAGAUCCUCAGUGCUGUAUGCAUGGUCUUGAUGGUGGCAGGGUUUUCUUUUGGACUGGGUCCGAUUCCGUUCGUCAUCUUGCCAGAACUGGUCCCCUCAAGAGCAGUCUCGACCACAACAUCGUUGGGAUUGACACUCAACUGGACGGCAAACUUUGUCGUAGGCUCAGCAUUCCUACCCAUCAAAAAUUGGCUGGCAGGCUACGAUGCGAAUCACACCGGAGGCGCUGUGUUUUGGAUCUUUGCAUUCUCCAACCUCGUCACCGCCAUCGUCGUGGCCAAGAUGUAUCGAUACAACUCCGAAUAG